AUCAAAGAAAUGCCACUCAUAUAGCCCACCGGGGCCAUGCUUCUCAACACCAACUGUCGAGGCAAACCUGCGCCCGUACAAGACCACUGGAAUCUUCGGCUUUAGGCCCCUGGACUCGGCCUUAUCCCCGUUAUACGGGCUUCAUACGGGUCCGGGGCGGGUUUUAUUUUAUUUUAUUUUUUUAUAAAAAAGGUACUCCGAUGGAUCCCCACUCUCCUUCGAACUGCUCGGUUAAUGCUGAACAAUUUGUCUGUCCGGUCGCUGAUAGCCUCUUACCUUCGAAAUGUCUUUGGAGAACCCGUGCGUUGAGACGGAGCGUUCCCGCGCUGUGCCAAGACAGCUUAUGGGAAGCUGUCUCCGCGAACCGAACCAAAGAGCCGCCGACGCUGUUGUAUCAUACCGUUAGUCGGAAUCGAAAGGUUUUGUUUUUGUUUUUGUUCCCGAAUGGCUACUCGUAUCGCGGCCUUCCCUACUCGAGUAAAUGUUUGCUGUACCUUACAUGUACCUCGAUGCAGGGUCCAAACGCACCUGCCUAAAACCUUUCAACAAUGAAGGGUUGCCAACGCUCCCAAGACAUUUUGCGCGUCACCUGCCGACGGAGCUCCCACCCGGGGGUUGUCAGACGAUGCCUCCGGAGAACGCUGAACCGAGUAACAUCCUGCGUCACAAGGACUGAGACUCCAGGCCACGUAGGUGGACCAUCAGCUUCAGUGUCGGUCUUCAUUCACCUGGCCCGACCGCUCGUCAUGUAUCCCCCACUUUUUCCCCGACAUACAAAGCCUCUUAACUGCCCCCACAGGUUUGGGGGCGAAGAGAGAAUUCCUCGUGUCAUACUACCAUAUCAACCAGUAGAGUUCUUUUGGAGCUCCACACAUUUCCUAGCCCCCUUGCUCUUUUCCCCCUCCUUAAGGUCACGCGGUCUUUCCACGGGAACUUGAUGGAUUGGCACCGGCUAUAGCCAUCUCUGAUCUCCUCCGUCUGGGGGUUCUGGUAUAUAAAACUGCUGGGAACGCCAUAGUAUCUUUUCCUUCUUGGAGGAUACCCAUUUCUUUUACAAGUGCGGAGAACUUUGCUUGGGCUCCUUCCUCUCCUUCAACUUCCCCACCCCAAUCUUUGAUACCACGUUCUGGAGGACCCCAGCGCGCAAGCAGCCCUCUUGUUUCAUAACAAUGGUUCUCCCCAAAUCAAUUCUAGUUCCUAUUGCUGCCCUGAGCUAUUGCUCCAGUUUCGUGGCUGCUUACGUCUUUACCGGACACACUACGGAUGCUCGACAGUUCGCCAUCUCAAAGAGUGAGCCUCUGCUCUACGAGCAUGAUGGCACAACAUGGUACAAAACCUCAACGCGGCCCGUGGGGGAUCUCGGAGAUUGGAUAAAUCUUGAAAAAGCUCUCGCUUUUCAGUAUCUCCUUGAUAAUAUCGCUCCUAAUGGUGUCAACACGGAGGGGUGCGCGGCCGGAACCGUUAUCGCCUCUCCCUCUAAGGAUCACCCUAAUUACUUCUAUCAGUGGAUUCGUGACGCGGGAAUAACCGUUCAAGGCGUCAUCGAUGAGUACGCCAAAUCGGAGGAUUUGGAGUUGAGGGAUAUAAUCGAUCGUUACGCCGAUUUGCAGGGUGAAAUUCAAGGCACCUUUAAUCCCAGUGGAGGCUUUUCUACCGGGGGCCUUGGCGAGCCAAAAUUCAUGGUUAAUGGUGCCCCCUUUGCCGGGUAAAUCCCCUUUGCUCUGUUUAGGGGUUGUUUAAGCGAGUGCUCAUUAUAUUGGGUGGAUAGAUCAUGGGCGAGGCCCCAAAGAGACGGACCUGCCCUUAGAGCUCUUACUCUCAUGAGCUUUAUCAGGGUGGUUAACCAAACACAUCCGGAGCUUGUCACUUUACAGUGGAUUAGCAGACUCUAUAACCCCGAUCUUGCAGCGAAAUCCAUCGUCAAAUCCGACUUGGAGUACGUCUCUCACCACUGGGAUGCCAUCGGAUUCGACCUCUGGGAGGAAAUUCAAGAUUCACACUUCUUCACUGCGCUUGUUCAGCAUAAAGCAUUGGUACAGGGGAGGGAUCUUGCUCUUUCGCUUGGUGACCACGGAGCUGCGUCAUGGUAUGAUGAUCAGCAGGUGGCGUUGAGGGACUUCAUCAAGACCGGGUUCUGGGAUGGACGUAAUGGGCGCUUGAAGGCAUACAAACACACACCCCAUAGAACUGGACUAGAUUGUAGCAUUAUGCUUGGCUCCAUUCACGGUGGUCAGAAUGACUUAUACGCCCCGUGGUCGGAAGAGGUGCUCGCUAGUACUCAAUUAUUUAUCAACCAAAUGCAGAACUUGUAUCCCAUCAAUAAGAAAAAGCCACCUUACUACCCUGAAGACGAGAGACUCCGAGGUGUUGGUAUUGGAAGAUACGCCGAGGAUAUUUACGACGGCGUCCGCACCAGUGAGGGCAAUCCUUGGUAAGUUUUUUUUUACCCCUUGUGUUCAAGAUCGCCGGGCAAUUCCUGAACAUUGUCCGUCUAGGUUCCUUUGCACCUCAAGCGUAUCUAACGUUUUCUACACCGCGAUCACACACUUCAUCGACGAGGGUGAAUUCCGCAUCACUCGCAUCAACCGUCCCUUCUUCAACAGACUCCACCCUAGCGGAAGAGCCGGGUUGGGAAGGGUCAGCUCAGGCGAUCCCGACUUCCGCAACUACUUGCAAGCCAUGUUCACAUAUGCCGAUAGUUUCCUCAACGUUAUCCGCUACCACGCCAAGGCUGACGGCCGACUGAGCGAGCAAUUCGACAGGUACGACGGGUUCCAGAGGGGAGCCCACGAUCUUACCUGGAGUUACGGGAGCUUCCUGAUGGCGGUUGAUAAGAGGCAGACAGCCAGGGGGAUGCUGUUUGGCUCGGAGUACUAGAGAGCCUUUCCAAGUGUAUGCCUCAUUCGAAUGGGAGCGUCAUCAUUUUCAGGAUUGUGGAGUUUUGUUGUCUCCGGCCCUUAUUCUCAUGCUGCGUUGAGUUACCGUACUGCUUUUUUCUGUUUCAAGGAUUACCCCACAUAGUUUGCAUUCGGUUAUAAAAAUGGCGCAUCAAGGGUUUGUUUUUCAUCUUCUCUUUAGCUGGGCACAGUAUUGCAGGGGACCUAGUUCGCGUUAACGGCUGCCAGAUGGAACCAUCUGUCAGACACAUGGGCAAAAUUGUGGGGUGUUGCGGGAGGGCGGGGUGGAGGGAAACGGGUGUUGGUGGAUACAUAUAUGGCAUGGGGUACUGUCUUUGCGCGCCAUGGGGUAUCGUUGGUUACUGCCACGCUCGAGCGAGCUGUUUAUAUACAUGAUAUGAGGGCUGGGUGGAUGACUGGUUAUUCCAAGCGAGAGUGGCGUGGCGUGCCGGAAGUCUGAGUUAAGUUCUUGCACCGUGCGGUGCUCUGUGGUCUGCUGUUUCCUGCUUGUACGAGUAUAAUAACCCGCACCGUGUAUACAUUUCCAAAAGCCAAGAUAUCCAGUGCUCGUACUGGAUCAAAAGG